UCUGAUUAUCAUUUUCAACAUGGUAUCAGAGCAGAGUUAUGAUCCUUGAAAACUCUGUUCGUCAAUCUCAAACCAAAACCAAAAUCAUUCAACAAACCUCAAACAAAUUGAUCUUUGUCAAACUCCCCAGCGAAGAGUCAAUCUUCGUUCAAAACCCCUGACGAAGAUUCAGUCUUCAACUCCCAACGAACCACUGUGUAACCAACAAACCCUAAAACCUUUCCCAAUUCCGCCGCCACAACUAUCUCAACCACCACAACCCACAACCAUUCUGUGGCGGAAACCCAGCUACCGCCACACCACAAGCCCAAAACUGUCACAUCCAGUCUUCGUCACCCAUCCAACUCCGAACCAAAAAAAAAAAAACCAAAAUCAAAUCAAAACCUAAACCCCGAAAUCGAACCUGAAACCCCGUUGAACUUUGCUGCCGCCGCCGCAUCCACUGCCACCGCUGAAAACCCCAGUUGUCGCCGACCCUGUGUAACCAUUUCCACACACAAAACAAAAACCCAAAUGGAAACCAUCGGAAAAGCUAAGAAGGGUGCCGCAGGUCGCAGAGCCGGCGGUCCAACGAAGAAGUCCGUCACCCGCUCCAUCAAAGCCGGCCUCCAGUUUCCCGUCGGCAGAAUCAGUCGUUACCUCAAACACGGCCGGUAUGCAAAGCGUGUCGGAACCGGUGCUCCGGUUUACCUCGCCACCGUCUUGGAAUAUCUUGCAGCGGAAGUGUUGGAAUUGGCGGGAAAUGCGGCUAGGGAUAACAAGAAGAACAGGAUAACACCAAGGCAUGUUUUGUUGGCCGGAGUUACGAUUGCUCUGGUGGUAAAAGUAGGGGAAUUGUCAGAGAUAUUUCAAUGGAAGGGAGAAAGUGCACUUGGGCUUGAGUUUGACCUAGCUAAGAAAGGUCUUCCUUUUUGAAUAAAAGAAAAUAUCA